GUAGCCUUGGAGGAGCGUCCGCGAGUCAGACGUUUUGGUACAUAUUGUUCACGGACGGUUCUGAAAACUGGAACUGGCAUAAUGUCAACAACUAGAAGAAAACGAGCUUUCCGCGCUUAUUUGUAGCGAGUAGCCUACAACAUAAAGAGUUGGCUGUCACAAAGGGUUGAUCAAGCAAGCUCGGUUAUGAAUUAUUGCUGAUCAGGGUGCCUUCAAUCUGUCACUGCAGCAUUUAGUUUACAGCAACAAGGAACACUUUCAAUUCUCCAGUAUUCUAUUCUCAGGUCUAAUCCGAACCACCAAACCCACCUCCCACCAGUCUGAUGUGGCAAGGAAUCGGAAUGGAUGCAUUUCCUGGACGGAGUAAAAUAUGACAUCUCGGGUUGUUUUUAUAUCCGCGUUGCUGCUGUUGUGGUGUCACUGUCGCCAUGUCUUGGGCUCCGGUGAUUCUGGUACCGGGAUAGUUCCGUCUCCAGACCGAUCCGCCGACGGUGCUGACCUGCUCUCUGUGGGAACCAUGGUGGACACACACUCCGCGAUGUUACGUCAGGGAAACACAGACGAGUGUGACAUUGUGAUGAACCUGAGUGCUGCUGAUCGCUGUGCGUUUGUGAAGGCCACUCCAGACUGUAGUAUGGAAGACAGCUUCAUCAACUACCUCAAGAUGGCCUUCUGUCUACUACCACCCAACCUAACACCCCUCACUAUCACACUCUGCAUUAUCUGGUUGUUAAUCUUGUUCAUAGUUCUCGGACUGACUGCGUCAAAGUUCUUCUGUCCCAACCUCUCAGCCAUCUCCUCCAGCCUUCGACUCACACACAACGUGGCUGGUGUGACGUUCCUGGCGCUAGGUAACGGAGCUCCAGAUGUCUUCAGUGCCACUGUGGCCUUCUCCCGUCCACACACCGCUGGCCUGGCUAUAGGAGCACUGUUUGGAGCGGGUAUCUUUGUAACCACGGUGGUCGCCGGGUCUGUGUCAUUGGUCAAACCCUUCACUGUAGCGUCCCGCCCCUUCCUGCGGGAUGUCAUCUUCUACAUGGCUGCAGUCUUCUGGACCUUCAUCAUCCUCUACAGAGGAACUAUAUCACUGGGAGAGACACUAGGGUACAUGGGGCUGUAUGUGGUGUAUGUGGUAACAGUCAUUGUGAGUGCCUACAUCUACAGUCAUCAGAAACACUCAGCAACUAGAAGUUCCGUCCAGAGCUCAACACACGCACCAGAGCUACAGACGUCUGAGUCAGACCAGGCUCCUCUUUUAUCUAAUGGCAGCAUCCAGCAGGGCUAUGGUAACAACCACAGUCACUGUGCACAUUCCACUAAGUUAUACCUCUGGGGUGUGCUACGAGAACCAAUCCAGUCGAGUGUGUGUGUGUGUGCGUGUAUAGACAGUGAGUACCGUCCCCUGCUCCCCUACUGUGAGUCGACCAGUUCCAUCCUGCUGAAUUCUCUAAACCCGGUGGACAGCAGGACCUGGAGGAGGAAGACCUGGCGCUGGAGGACUGUGAAAAUACUGAAGAUGCCACUGGAGGUGCUGCUGCUGCUGACUGUUCCAGUGGUGGAUCCUGACAAAGAAGACAGGAACUGGAGAAGACCAUUAAACUGCCUCCACCUUAUCACUGCGCCGCUGGUUUGUGUGCUCACCUUCAGCUCCGGAGAGUACGGUUUGUAUCUGAUCGAGGGUCAGUUUCCUGUCUGGGCGUUGACGUUGCUCUUUGGCCUCUUCCUCUCCGCCAUAGUCUUCCUCACCACUUCUAACGACCAGCCCCCGGCAUACCACUUAGUGUUCUCUCUGCUGGGCUUUUUGGUGAGUGCGAUGUGGAUCAGUGCUGCGGCCUCGGAGGUGGUCAGUAUCCUGCACAUGCUCGGUGUGGUCCUUAGUCUGUCCAACAAUUUACUGGGUCUCACACUGCUGGCCUGGGGAAAUAGCAUUGGGGAUUGUUUUUCUGACAUCACCAUCGCUCGCCAGGGCUACCCACGGAUGGCAUUAUCAGCCUGCUUUGGGGGAAUCAUCUUUAACAUGCUGAUUGGAGUGGGCAUUGGCUGUCUGAUACAGAUGUUUAACAACGAGCCAGUGGUGACGUUGGAACCAGAGGGUUUGUUGACCUGGGUUCUAGCAGGUUCUCUGGGUCUCUCUCUGGUCUUCUCCUUCAUCCUAGUUCCUCUGCGUUGUUUCCACCUGGGCCGGGCCUAUGGAAUCUUCCUCCUGCUCUUCUAUGCAGUCUUCCUCCUGGUUGCGCUGCUCACAGAGUUCGGCUUUAUCCACACCUGAAGCCUGUACGAGAUGGUUUGGACCAGUCUGGUAGAGCCACCUGUGAAUACUGACCAGAUGGUUCGAGACCUGAGAGACUUUCCUCUUCCUGGGAGAGAUGGAGUCACAGCCAAUCACACUGUGUCUUAACGGAGUUGGAACCAAUCAGACUGUGAUUUAACUUUUGUCUGUUUGCACUGACUAUAUUUUUAUAUUUAGAUCGCCAUUAGCUGUUACAUGAGGACCAGCUACUCUUACUGGGGUCCACACAAAACAAUUACACACAUAUACAGAAAUGACAGUAACACACAGUUUUAAAGUAACCCAUGUACUGACAAGGAGUAAAAAAAACUAAAAAAAGAUGCAGUAGCACUUUAAGGGAAUUUUCUCCUUUAAAUCAA